GCUUCCAAACAUGUCCAUCAUGCUCAAAGCCGAGAUUUCUACAUUUUAUCUUGAUUGUUGAUCCUCGUCACGAUGAGUAACCCUUGUAGAGAAGUCAUCACUCUCCAGUUGGGACAUUAUUCAAACUUUGUGGGGACUCACUGGUGGAAUUUGCAGGAUGCGGCGUUAUCGUACGAUCCCGAGACGCCGCCAGGGGACGUCCAGAGUGAUGUCGUGUUCCGUGAAGGACAGACUCUGGGCGGACAUGUCACCCACACACCUCGCCUCAUCGCCAUGGAUCUCAAAGGAAGUCUUCGGACUCUACGGCAGGAGGGAAGUCUGUAUGACCCUGGCAAAGACACGUCUGCUGUCACAUGGGAGGGGAGCCUCAUGAUGCACAAAGAAAGUCCUCCUGCGAAGAACUCCUUUCUUGAAGAUCUGGACAAGUUGGAUAAAGGGGGGAUCUUGGCUGAAGCAGAUUUCUACUCCAGUUCCCAGCCUCAGUGCUCAGCAGGCGCAGUGAGGGUGGACACUGUGAACAGCCAGCUGGCUCGAGUCCAGAAGAGCUACAGGCUGGAGGGCAGCGUGAAGGUGUGGUCCGACUUCCUCAGGAUCCACCUGCACCCUCGCACCAUCUCUGUCAUCCACCAGUACAACCAUGACGGGGAGGCUCACCGUCUGGAGGCUUUUGGCCAGGGAGAGGCUCUCCUGCAGGGGUCGUUGCUUGAGGAGCUGGAGGACAAACUGCACUUCUUUGUUGAGGAGUGUGAUUAUCUUCAGGGUUUCCAGGUUCUAUGUGACCUGGCUGAUGGCUUUGCUGGCCUGGGGUCAAAGGUCACAGAGAUGCUGCAGGACUCUUAUGGUGGAAGAGGCAUCCUAACCUGGGGGUUAGCGCCUGUCAGUCACCCAGAUUCAACUCCAAUGAAGGACCUCUACCACCAAUUAAACUGCACAUUAGGGACAGUCCACCUGGCCAGUAACAGCUCUUUCUUCUGCCCUUUGACCCUGCGUGGAGGACUGGGCAGACGACCCUCCUCUCCUACAGUGUUCCCACACCUAACUUAUGAUCCCUCACUGUGGUACCACUCCAGCUCCGUCCUGGCUUUGGCCCUGGAUGCCCUCACGUUGCCUUACAGGCUGAGGAACAACAGCGUCCCCAUGUGGCAGGUGGCGGACACGCUGGCCGUGUCUGGGAGAAAGGUGGUGGCUGCUUAUGGUGCCGUCCCCUUUCCCAUGAUGCACGGCAGCUGUCUCCCUGACGCCCUGAGUGCCUGCACAGAUGCGUUGCCAUGGAAACCUCUAUCAGCUUGCCCCGAAGCUGGCGACGGUCGAUGUUACGGCCAGUGGGCGACACUCAAAGGCUUUGAGGGCCAGAGACUAAUCAGCCCCCUGGCUCCAGGGACCAAACCACCCACUCCUCUGCACAGCCUCCACAGUGGGGAGGACGUCCUGGCUGCCUACAUCAGAUCCUUCUAUCCUACAGCGCCUCUUGCUCUACAGUUGGUGUCUACUCCCAGUAAGCUGACACCACCUUUCCCUCAGAUAUUCAGUCGGUCCCUCUGUGCUCAGGGUUUCCUGCAGAGCCAGCCUCCCCCUCCUGGCACUCCAGCCCCUGCGGUCUCCUCUGUGCCCGUCAUGACUUCCCUCCAGUCGGGUCCUGCACUCGGCCCGUGGCUGUCCGAGCUGCAUCGUGCUGCCAGCACUCUCGACAUCCGUCGCGUGGCCCCCAGCUUCCUCUCCCAGGGCCCCGAAAUGGCCGACUACAAGGAGUCCCUGGAGCAGCUGCGCCUACUGGGCCGGUGUUACCGUGACGACAGCGGUGGGGUGAUGCGCUCUUCCUCAGAAGAGGAUGAUGAUGAUGACUGAGCGGCAGUCUUAGCUUCAUAAUCUGCAUAGACUGAUGGCUGCUAACCUGGCAUUAGCCUGUCUGCUCUGUUUACCAACCUGCAUGUGCUCACACACACACAGAGAGGAAGAGGAGCUGAGCCUCUGGUUUGUGAAGGACCAGGACUCAAUUACAUGCUAACAGAGAGAGGAGAUUAAGACCUCCAGAAGAGAAAGGUGAUAGAUGUAGCAUCACCAGACUGUAUGGACUAUGGUUACAUUUCUGCAAAUGACUGAGUGUUUUAUACCAAGUGUACACUAUAAAAUGACUAUUUACAUGAAGAGAUGCUGUAGCUGUCACAGCUGUUUUGGGCACAGGUUCCUCUGACCAUUAAUUUACUUGGAAGAGUAGCACGGAUUUUGACAUUUUGGCAUAUGUUUUUUUUUUUUUUCCCCCUCAUUAUCAAACUGGAAACAGCUCAUUUCAUUACCAGAGUUACCAGUUGCUGGAAAAAUCACAUUGACGUUACUGUGCAUCUUUAUAAAUGUCAACGAAGUCGGUGUUUUCUGCAUCUCCUGGUCCAUUUGUGGCGCUCAUACUGAGUAAAUCUUUUAAAACAGGUAAUGUAUUUUUCUUGACAAACUGGGCUCUGUGGCUUUAACAUUACACAAGAACAUUGCUUAACAGGAGUAUAUCUAUUUUGUUUGGGAGUAUUUUCAGUCAUGGAUUAACAGGUAAUUGGGGCAGUUGACCCUAAUUAAAUGCUCUUUGUUGGUAAGAACUAAAUAUUAGCCUUGUUUGUACAUUCUCCCCUACAAUUAAGAAGCCUGUUGCUGUUCCUGCUGUUAGCCUGUUGAACAUGUGAAUCCACUUUAUUAUGCAUCAAAUCUAUAAAGAAAAUAAGUCAGAAAUCUCUACAAAUGGACACUUUGGUGAAAUUAAGUUUACUGGCUAUAAUAAAGUUGGUUCCAAAGAAGGAAAACAAAUAAAACCCUAAAAAAUAACUUGAUUUAA